GCCAAAUGUGUUGUUGCAAAAAGCGUUUUGCUGCAGCGACUAUCAAAACUGAAACUGGAGCCUUGCGUGGGCAACUCUUUUAUGACCGAACAGGUGUAAUCUAGCAAACCAGGAACACCCGUGCAACUUCUCUUGGUCCAAAACACUAAUCGGUCAUAGCAACCAGCUCCAUCAGUUUGAGUUACCAGUUCCUGGCACACUUCAUCUUUUAGCUGAUUGAGUCGAAGAUCUAAGAAACUACCUCAACAUGAGCACAGGACAAAAGAAACAAGCUGCCUUCAUCCAAGGAAGCCAGAGCACAGCGGAUCAAGAGUCUUCCCACUCUGCACUCUUCUACCUUUUCCAAGAAGUUUCCAGGCUAGGAUCUCCUGUUCACAACAGUUUUCUUGACACAAAUUCACCCUCCAAAUGGCUUAAUGAGACGUCUAGGCGGGAUAAUUUCAUUGUUAGAAAUGAGGAAGACAGUGCACAUUUAUUUCAAUCCUUUAAUAAUUCCUGUCAGCACAGUUUGUCUCACAAGUUGCCUUAUAAUCAGGUGAACAAAGUGAAGGAGGAAAGUCAUAGCAGCAACAUAACAACUUUGGCUGAGUCACAUUACGAAUGUAACAGCCCCUGGAAAGUGCUGAGUCUGAUCAACCUGCAGUGUGAGAGGCUCCUGCAUCGAAGAGACGUAGAAGAGUCAGACCCAGGUUCAGGACCAUCCACCGCAAAAUUAGGCCAUCUAACAGCCAAGUCAACGACUGCUGCAGCAGAUGUUAAAGAGCAGGGAGUUAGAAGUGACAGUGUAAAUGUUGAAUACACUUUAAGGCCAUCCCUUCUUAUCUGUAAGAGACAAGAAAUCACAGCCUCUGUCAGUCAUGUGGAGGAUAUGAGAGGGGUGUGCAGUGUGGGAGCCAGUUAUUAUAAACCACAGUCCUGUGUGAAAGACUCCAAAGUGGGUUGUAGUGUUCAACCACAGAGCACGGAAAAAACAGAAACUGUUAUACCAGCGCUACUGGAGGAAAGCACAACAGCAUCUUCUCAACCUCAACACGGGGACAAAAGGGAGGUGAAAUUCAGUGUGAGCAGACUACUGGAGUGGAACCAGGAGUGUAAGAAGGAUUGUUUCUUAACUGAACAGGAUUUUUUGAACAUACCCUUCUCUGAAAAUGCCUUGGCACAAGCACAUAUUCCCAAUGCAUCACUUAAUACUCAGCUGACUUUUAAUUCAAAUGAAGAUACAAGUGUAGCUCUAUCAAAGUCAGCACUUACACUAGACCACAAUGCAAAUAUUGCUUUGUCUACAGAGCCCCCAUGUGAUACCCAGCUGCCACCUCUGAGCGCCAUCCUGCCUCCUUCACAAUCAGCAUCACUCUUCUUUAGUGCUACAGAGGAGUGUUUCUCACUGCCAAAAAAAGAUAAAAUCCCAGGAUCUAAAGCAGAAUGUAUACAUGCUUCUAUAGAGGAAAAAUCCCCCGCAGCUGAACAACUGAAAUCCUCAAGCUAUAAUGUGCUAGCUACAACUUUAAAACCAGAGCUCAGGCCAAUGCAAAGGGAGGAACUUUCUCUUGCAUCUUCCCAGCAGUGGAGAACCAAGACUCCAAGAAAACAACCUCAUCCCAGCCGGAGUGUUGACAUCCAAGACCCAGAUUUCCAGGGAGUGACAUUCAGCAUGGGCACAGAGCUGGAUGACAGCAGGGAACAGUGUCGCCUCCUCAUAACUUCAAAGUACAGCAAGGAGCUCUGCAAGAGUGUAAGAAAGCCGAGGCUGAGGACACGAACAUCCCAGAAAUCCCUUAAAACUAGCAGCUCAGAUGAGGAGAGUGACCCAACAACUACUGUCUCCAAGGAUAAAGUCUGUGCAUCAUGCUGCACCAGGAAGACCCCCAUGUGGAGAGAUGCAGAGGACGGGACCCCACUCUGUAAUGCUUGUGGGAUAAGGUAUAAGAAGUACAGAGUGCGCUGUGUCAACUGCUGGCAUAUCCCUAGGAAAGAGGGCAACUCCAACUCAUGCUGCCUCAAGUGUGGAAACUUGGUGAGGCUGACCUCAGCUCAGCGGAAACACACUGCUUAGCGAACAUACAAUACAUAGAGCAAAGGUUUUUUUGUCCACAUGUGACAGAGCUGUGCACACACACUUGCACUCACCAAUUCCAGACUAUACACUCUGUGCUCCUGUCAUUCUUAGUCCUCUUCAUUUCACUACAGCUGUGAAUGCAAAAAUGAAGGACCAGCACCGGCCUCUUGAAUUUUACUUGACUCAGGGUAUUUAAAUUAAUUUCACUGUUACCAUGUUGGACUUCAGGCAAGGGAACUAAUUCGCUUUAGCUCUAUGGUUGCUUUCAAGGUGCUGUAUGCAUCACAGGAAAACAUAAAACAGGUAAAAAAGCUAAAAGACAGAAGAAGAAAAAAGUAAAUAAAAAUGGUGAUGUCUGAAAACGUUUUGUACUUAUAUCUUUACUGCACUGAUCCUAUUUGUGCUACCGAACCUGUAUCUAGCACAUGAGACAGAGUUCAUACAGUUGAUAGGUUUGUUUUUCCUCUAUCUACAAAGAGGGAUAUACUGAGCACACAGACACAGUUUGUAGCAGAGCUGAGAAUCAUUUAGGACAAAUGAAUGGGAUACUGUAGUGCUACUAUAAGGACUAGACCCAUUCAGUGGAAAGUUUAGUAAUAACUGUUGACGGUUUUCAUCUAAAUAGCUUCAGUGUUGCUUGUGUAUAAUGGUCAGCAUUACCCAACAGCUGCAAUAGAAAGUUAUUUCUGUACAGGACCAAAAACUGCAACCUGAGCUUAGUGUUGUGUUCACUGUUAUUAACUGCAAAACAAUUUACUUCUCUUGACCUGACAGCUAGACUGUCUGCAAAGUUCAGUAGACAUAUAUUUAGUUACACUAGUUAAAUUAAGUUAUUUAUUUUUGUUGUCUUUGUCAACAUUUCUAAUUGUGGUUGUUUUGGGGGGAGAUUGUUUUUCUCUGUGUUUAUUUGGGUUGUUGCUGGUUAAAUGGUGCACUGAUUUCCUUAAGAUUGCUGUUUUCUGUGAAGGGAAAAGCUUUUGUGUGAGCUUGCAUGGGGUUUUGGUCUGUAUUAAAGUCUGUAUGAAACAUG